AUGAGCACUGGCUCCCCUCACCUGCUCGGGUCCAACCUCUUCCAUCCUUCUGCCAACCCGGCCGCUCCAUCUACUCGGUCCCUCACGCCUUCCACUGGCCGCGUUAGCGGGGUGAGUUUUUAUUUCCACAACCUGUUCGCGACGUUCCCCACUCUCGAACACCUCGGGCUCACCAGCGGAGGAGCCCCCGUUGCGCUCCUCCACGCGCUCACCCCUCCCUCGUCCUCGCCCAGCGCUGGAGACAGCGGCCCCUGCCACGCUCUCCGGAACCUGUCCUGCUUCUUCAAAUCGGCGCCGGAGGACGCGAAGGCGGUCUUCCAGACACUGAUCGAGUGCCUCCGAGCGCGCGCGCGGCAUGGCAUGCGCCCGCUGCGCCAAGUCGCCAUGCACGGGCAAGUUAUUCCGAGCGACGGAGAUGCGGAGGAAGGAGAAGGGGUCCGGCUCGACGCCGGACCGUACCUGGCAGAGGCGCGAGGGCUGGUCGAGGGAGAGGUCGAGCUGACCACGCAAGUCAAGUACUGA